AUGGAUGAUGAUCAGCAAGGGGUACACUUCUACCAAGUUCUAGUGACUCAGGAGUGCUUGAGGAGGAUCCUAAAGAAAACCCCGAUGGAGGCCUUGCCAUGGGUCAAUAGGUGGGACCCGAAGUGUAACCGGAAGAGAAAGGACGUUGAGGAGGCGCACAAUGAACCCCAUCUAUCGAAAGCCCCAUCAGAUCCACGCACGGUUCAGAAGGGUGAUGCAUACCAUUUACACUCUCUUGAGGAAGAAAUAACAAAUCUCAAGUGUGAACUCUUUGCAACCGAAGCAAGGGUUGUACGAGCCGAGGGUAAUCACCCAAGAGGCAAAUGA